ACGCGCCUUCCAGUGUGCGCGAUAGAAACUCGUAAUGUUUCGGAAUACCGGAGUUUAAAGAAUGCGAUCUGUCUUAAUUAAAAGACAAAUAAAGGGUUCAAUUUAUCUGGUGAAGUAAAAUUGGGUCCUUGCAGUGGUUCUAUUUCGUUCAUAAUACCCCUUGAAACAAAAAACAUUACUGUCACAAAGGUUUUUGUUUGUUACUAGAGGACUUCGAAAUGUCGAAUCUUCUGAGAUGUAGCCGAGUUAUGCAUCAGUUCCGCCGCAACCUUGGUCAUCGUCAGGUAACGUCGCGGUUCUUUGACUAUUUUCGGGAACAAAAACAUGUCCUUGUCCCAUCAAGCGCUCUGUUGGCCCCUCCGGAAACUGGUGUUCUAUUUACAAAUGCCGGCAUGAACCAGUUUAUAAGAAUUCUUUCGGGAUCCGAGGCGCCGUGGUGCAGUCGAGCGGCUUCUUUGCAGGACUGCGUACGCGUAGGAGGAAAGCAUAACGACCUCGGAGAAGUAGGCAGAGACGGGCAUCAUCACACUUUCUUUCAGAUGCUUGGAAAUUGGUCGUUUGGCGAUUAUUUUAAGAAUGAAGCGUGCUCAUUUGCUUUUGAGCUACUAACUUCUCACUAUGGAAUAAAGAAGAAUCAACUUGUAAUAACAUAUUUUUCCGGCGACGGUGGAUUCUCCAUUGCUGAGGAUACGGAAACGAAGAAUAUUUGGUUGAGCUUGGGGAUACCUUCUAAGAAUAUUAUGCCUCGUGGGAUGGAGGACAAUUUUUGGGAGAUGGGACAAACAGGACCAUGUGGAACAUGCACAGAAAUACACGUUGUGUCCGAAGGCAAGCUGCGAGAAAUUUGGAAUAUUGUGUUUGUCCAAUACAACAGGCUAUCAGAUGGAUCACUACGCACAUUGGAAACGCCGUUUGUGGAUACCGGAAUGGGACUGGAGCGUCUUUGUACAAUUCUACAAGGAAAAAAAUCUAAUUAUGACACCGAUCUUUUUGCACCAAUUAUUAGACAACUCGAAAAGGACAGUGGUUUAUCGUACUCUGGUGUUUUCGGUAAUGUUAGGGACAACGCAUUUCGACUAAUAGCAGACCACUGUCGAAUGGUUACAAAAGCCAUGUCGCAGGGUAUAUUGCCGGACCAUAGAAACGCUGGGAACAAACUCAGGCGGGUUUUACGUCGCUCAAUUCACGCUGCCCAGUCACAACUUGGUUUAAAGCCGGGCCAAUUGGCGGAACUUUCAGAAAUUGCGGGAGAUAUACUUGACAUAACAGGAAUUUCAGAAGUUAAAGCUAUCGUGAACGAUGAGGAGAAACGCUACCUAACUAUGUUGCGUAAAGCCGAUGCAGUGCUCAGGACUGAGCAGAUUGAGUCUGCCGCAGUAAAUUCGGCCGCAAAUAAUGCCUUGGCAAUAAGUGGAAGCACAGCCUGGAAGCUAUACUUAAGCUGUGGUCUAACGCAGGAAAAUAUCGAGGAUGUCUGCUCACAAAAGUCUAUUAAAGAAAUUGACUGGGACGGUUUUAAUGAACACCUCCAAAAUUUUCGUAAAAAGUCGCAAAGCAAGUCGUUAUCAUCCACCGAGGAUCACAUUGAUUUCGAGUCUCACUUCAACGCAUUAAGUGCAGCCUCAAUACCUAGCACCGAUCAAACUAAAAUAUACGAACAUGUUUACGAAAUGUCUUCAGAUGUUCUCUAUUGCGCCGACGCUGGCAACAAUCGUCAAGUACUGCUGUUAAGAAAUACCUGCUUUUUUCCUGGGGGAGGCGGACAGAUUCCUGACGUUGGUACCAUAACUACGAAGGACGCGCGGACGGAAUAUCAGGUUCGACAUUUAGAGAAGCUCGGAGACUACAUUUUUCAUGUAAUUGAAGGCCCAUCCUGUAAGCUUCGAUGUGGUGAUGAGGUCAUUCUGCACGUUGAUCAAGCCCAUAGAAGACAAUGCACGUGGCACCAUACAGCUUGCCAUUUGCUAAAUGCAGGUUUGAAGGAUCAGCUCGGGCAGGGAUCUCACCAACACAGUACCGCUGUUCGCGAAAGUUAUUUUCGACUCGACGUUGUUACCAGGACUCCCGUCAAUGUGGCCCGUCUAGAAGAAUUUGUCAAUUCGGCGAUCGCUGCUGAUCAUCUGAUACAGUCGGAUGAACUAGCUCGGGAAGAAGUGCUGAGCAAUCCGCGAGUGGUUCGAAUUCCAGGCGAGAUCUAUCCAGAUAAAGUGCGUUUGGUGCGCUGUGGAGAUGUGUCCCUUGAACCGUGUUGUGGAACUCAUGUAUCGCACACUGGUGAGAUUCCGAGUGUAGUCGUCCUGUCAUCCCGAUCGCUUGGCGUCAACCUAAAGUCUGUAACUGCGACGGCUGCCAAGGCGGCCCAAGCUGUCGAAAAUGCUGACAUAGUUUUAGCAAAAGUGUCAACUCUACAAACGAGGGUCGCUCAGCUUUCACGUGAGAAGUAUCCAGAACUCGAAGAUUGUCGUCGACAAAUGCGUGUUCUGAGACAAGAAAUCGCUAAUGAGUCUCUGCUUCCGUAUUUGGCUGUAGUCGAUGCUGAGGAAAAGCUUCAUAACAUUGAUCGUAGGAUUGAGCAGCUAAUUAGAAACAGUAACAAGCUACACGAAGAAAAGAUAUCCGCACUUUUGUCAGGGUUGCCGCAUAAGAGCCCUCUGAUUGGCUGCAUCUCUUUAGACUGCGACUUUGCCGCUGUCUCGAAAGUGCUUAAAGAGCGAAGAGACCAAGACAAAUCACUCCGUUACUUUGUAGCUUUACAGUCGUGUGGAAAAGUUUUCGUGGAAUUGUGCAUACCUCAGCAGGAUCAGUUUGCUGAACAAAACGCCACCGCGUGGAUGGCAUCAUUUAUCGAAGCACUGGGCCCAGACGGCCAGUUGUGUACUAAAAUACGUUCCAAUGCAACUAAAAGUUCCAAAAAGGAUAAAAAUGAGUCGAAAAAUCUAAUCCGGCUCCGCUUGAACGCUCCAGUCGCUAAGGAGAAGGUUGAAGAAGCUGCAAGAAGUUAUAUCUGCAAAAAAAUUUCAACGAAACAGCCAUUGUGACUUCCGGCUUUGUCUCACAUUUAAGAGAAUUUAUAUAAUGAUUAAAUAAACUAGACAUCAUACAAGUGUA